GGGGGGUAGAAAUAUCAAAUAUCUCUCUGGUUUUUUGGUAGAAACAAAUAUCUCCAUCUAUUCAGUACUCAGUAGUUUGGAGAAUGAACUGAUGAGCUUCACAUUUGCUCCCUUCUUCCUCCUAUCUCGGUUUCCUCUGGAGACUGCUAUUAUCAGUAGAAACUUUGAUGGCUUUCUCUUGCUUGGCAGGAGGAGAAGGUUUACUGCAUCAAGCAUCUCGAGAGCUCAACAGGCAAAUGAACCGCUUUUGGUGGUGGUUGGGGGUGGUGCUGCUGGAAUUUAUGGUGCCAUUAGAGCUAAAACGGUAGCACCCGAUUUGGGUGUCUUGGUCAUUGAGAAAGGGAAGCCUUUAUCAAAGGUAAAAAUUUCCGGUGGAGGUCGAUGCAAUGUGACAAAUGGACAUUGCACUGAUAAAAUGAUUUUGGCAGAACAUUAUCCUAGGGGUAACAAGGAAUUGCGAGGAUCUUUCUUCAGUGUUCAUGGUCCAUUAGAUACCAUGUCUUGGUUUUAUGAUCAUGGUGUGGAGCUUAAGACCGAAGAUGAUGGAAGGGUAUUUCCUGUCGGCAACAGUUCAUCAUCUAUAAUUGAUUGCCUUAUGCUGGAGGCAAAGAGGAGAGGAGUUGUUUUGCAGACAGGCAAGACAGUCACUACUGCAUCUACUAAUGCUGGUGGGAAAUUUCUUCUCAAGAUUGAGAAGCGCACUAUAAAUAUGGUUGAACAUGUUGAAUCUGAUUACUUAUUGAUAGCCAGUGGAAGUAGCCCACAGGGUUACACUCUUGCCUCUCAGCUUGGUCAUUCAAUUGUAGACCCAGUGCCAAGCUUAUUCACCUUCAAGAUUGAGGACACACAGUUAGCAGAGUUGUCUGGGGUUACAUUUAGCAAAGUUAAAGCAAAGCUGAAAUUAGAAAGUAUUGGAAGGCAUAUGCCACAACUUACACAGGUUGGUCCCAUGUUAGUCACUCACUGGGGGCUUAGUGGACCAGUGAUUCUCAGGUUAUCUGCAUGGGGGGCACGUGAUCUCUUCGGUUCAGGUUACAAGGGACUCCUACUCGUUGACUUCAUACCUGAUUGUCAUGUAGAUGAAGUGAAGUCUAUUCUUAUUCGACACAAGGAUCAGUUUGCAAAGCAAAAGGCUCUUAAUUCGUUCCCUCUAGAAUUUGGCCUGGUGAAGAGAUUUUGGAAAUAUAUAUUGGAACGUGAGGGUUUAAGUGGAGAUUUAUUGUGGGCAUCCAUUCCAAAUAAUUCCUUGGUUUCAGUUGCUUCACUGCUGAAGCAGUGUUCUUUUAGAGUGGUGGGAAAGGGCCAAUUCAAGGAUGAAUUUGUGACUGCUGGAGGUGUCCCACUAUCAGAGGUCUCAUUGAACACAAUGGAAAGCAGGAUACAACCACAUUUAUUCUUUGCAGGAGAGGUAUUGAAUAUUGAUGGAGUAACUGGUGGUUUUAACUUUCAGAAUGCUUGGUCAGGCGGUUAUAUUGCAGGAUCAAGUAUAGGUAAACUAGCAUUAAGUGCUUCACUGAAAGAGGAAGCUGUAUCAUGAAAACAUUCACAUAAUUUGGCCCAACCAGCAGCUGAAUUUUUUGAAAGGAACAUUGUAUAUAUGGUAGCAACUAGAAAUGAGUAGAUAUAUUCGGGAACCUAGAUGUUGCCCUUUUGUAAUUUAGGUAAUUUAGUUAUGUGCAUGGAAGAACCACCUACGCAACAAAAAAGAGAAAUUUGAGGGUUCUAAAUGAAGCGGUUGAAGUGGCAAGAAAUGGGUCGCAAUUUAAUUGAUACUUCUUUAGAAGUGGAGUGGUAAACCAGAAUUACUGUAACGAUUUCAAAGAGUUGAGCAAUACUUUUUCAAGAUGAAUUAGAGUAUUAGAGCCCUCAUCCUGCA